AUGCUAGAGGAAGAAAAGCUCUCCGGAAUGGAUAAUUUAUUCCUGCAAAUCGAACAUCCGCGACGAUUGAUGACUGUCAGCAGUCUGUGGGUGUUUGACGGUCGACUUGAUUCCCGUAUUGUUUACCAAUCCGUCGAACAGUUAUGCGAUGAAUUCCCUCGAUACGCUUCAGUGCCAGCACACGGAUCUGCGUUAUAUACGCCCGUAUGGAGUAACCCGAUCGGAUGGCAACCGCAUAUGAACAUAGAAUAUCAUAGACUGAAAGCUCCAAGCGAACAGUCUUUGCAAGAAUACAUUUCCGAUAUGCAAUCGCGCCCGUUCGAUUAUUCUAAACCAUUAUGGGAACUUCACGCAAUCUCGGGCCUACACGAUGAAAAAUGCGCAUUUUUCUGGAAGGCACAUCAUUGUCUCUGCGAUGGACUUGGGUUUAUUGAUAGUUUGUUGGAGAUUACCAGCCACGAACCGUCUAGACAGAACAACAAAGCAUCAUUGGACGACGGUACAUACAAAAAGAGCAACAACAGGCAAAAGCAACAGCAAAGACGAAAUGCAAACUACAAGAAAAAGAAGCAACUACUGCGAACAGCACCAUUGCUCAACGAUAUCCCGGACCAAAUCUAUUUUUUGUUCCCAGCAUGGCUGCAAUGGCUAACCACUUGGUGUUGCAUUUGGAUGAACCGCGUAUAUCUUGUGUGGAUUACAUUAUUGCAUGAUUUGUGGGUGAUUUUGCUAUGUAUUUUGCCAGCAAGGUUGUCACACCACCGCGAUCUAUUCUAUACCGGCCUGCAAUCCUACAAGAAACAAGUCGCUUGGUCGGACACCAUACGGCUUAAAGACAUACGUGCUGUGCGUCGUGUAUUGGGCGGCACUGUCAACGAUGUAAUGGUGUUGGUCGUGACGCGUUGUAUCAAGGGCUAUCUGGAAGAAAAUGGUGUGCGGCAUGACGAUUUUGUACGACUCUUUGUUCCAAUUUCACAGCGUGAUAUGGACGAUCAAAGCUUCCAAAAUGUGGUCAGUGGGAUAUGGGGCUGGUUUUCCAUGAAAGACCUCGAUACAAAGGAGCUACUGGCUCAAGUACGAGCAGAAAUGCAAGCAGUCAAGGUAUCACGGAUCCCAUCCUUGAUGUACAGUAUAUUUGUCCAAGGAAUACUUGACAACUUUCCCGGGUUAUUAACCGGUAUGCUGCCGAUGGUCAAUCGUGCUGCUAAUAUUCCCCAUGGCGUCUUUACAAAUCUUCCUGGUCCUACCGACCCUGUUGAAUUUGGUGGGAAAACCAUCAGCGACGUGUACGUACUUCCACCGCAGAACGGCAAAGGCGGAAUUGCCAUUGGUCUAGUUUCGCAUUGCGAUAAGGUCAACAUCACGGUCAUGGCAGAUGCUCAUCCAAAAUAUCCUCAUGUUGCGAGAAGUAUUUGUAACCGGUUUGCUCCAGAGUUCCACCUGCUGUUACGAGAAGCGAAUAUGAAGGCUACUCGUAGAUAAUCAAAAUACAUAACAAGAAGCAGGUACUAUGUCUGCAUAUACUUCAUCCACUCCAUCUACAUGUACUCGUCAAUACUUGUAAAUAAUUAUUAAAUCUGCAU